AUGGUAGAAGCUAGAAGUAGGUUUUUGGAAGGGAUUGGUAGUAUAAUAAGGGAGUUGGUAAGUUGGAUUCUUCCUUGUGAUGGGUGGGUGAAGCUUAAUACAAAUGGAGCUUGUAGAUCUAUAAGGUUUCAUGUUGGUUGUGGAGGAGAUGUAAGGGAUGAAGUUGAUAACUGGAUUUUUGGUUUCAGUCAGAAUAUUGGAUUCAAUAGUGCUUUUGAGGUUGAAUCUGGGGUAUAUUUUUAUUAUAUUCAUCAUCAUCAUCAUGAAGAGCUUCGUCGUUGCGGACAACAAUACAGGCCUUUAUCACAGUACUACCACAUCAUCAUCACUUGUGCCAAAUCUUGCUUCUUCUCUUCCUCUCACUCCAACAAUGGCUUCCCCUCCUCCACUAACAUUUCUCCUCUCCCUAACUCCUUCAUCAACCUCGACCAGGGAGAUCCAGUGCUGUUUGAGGCGUUCUGGAGGAAGAUGAGCGAGGAGUGUACGGUGGAGAUUAAGGGCUGCGAGCUUCUGAGUUAUCUGAGUGAUCUGAGGAGUGUGUGUUGGUUCAUGAAGCCGGAGCUCAGAGACGCCAUUAAAAGGCUUCAUACUUUGGUUGGCAACGCAGAGACGAACGAUAGGCACAUUGUGGUCGGAAAUGGCUCCACGCAGCUCUUUCAGGCUGCUCUCUUCGCUCUCUCUUCUUCUUCACUCUCUUCUGAUGAUAACCCUAUCAACGUCGUCGCUGCUGCUCCUUAUUAUUCGGAGUAUCCAGACCAAACAGAUAUUCUGCGUUCAGGUUUACACAAAUGGAACGGUGAUGCUGUGGAGUAUGAUAAGAAUGAAGCAUACAUAGAGGUAGUGACUUCUCCGAAUAACCCAGAUGGUAGUAUCAGAGGACCUGUUUUGAAGAAGAACAAGUGUGGAGGUGAAGGGAAGCUGAUUUAUGACCUUGCUUAUUACUGGCCUCACUACACUCCCAUUACUCACAAGGCCAAACAUGACCUCAUGCUCUUCACUUUCUCCAAAUGUACUGGUCAUGCUGGUUCUCGUAUUGGGUGGGCUAUUGUGAAGGAUACAGAGAUUGCGAAGAAGAUGACGAAGUUUAUACAGAUGAGCUCCAUUGGAGUGUCGAAAGAAUCCCAAACUCGAGCUGCUAAGAUAAUUGAAGUUGUUUGUGAAAGCUAUAAGAAUUUCAAACUCGGGCUUAAAGAAUCUGAGCUGUUCUUUGAGCACAGCAAGAGCCUUAUGAAGGAAAGGUGGGAAAAGCUGAGGGAAGUCAUCGAACAAAAUGGUGAUUUCACUUUGCCAAAGUUUCCAAGGGCAUAUUGCAACUUCACUAAUGAAUCAUCUGAGACAUAUCCCGCUUUUGCAUGGUUGAAGUGCAACAAGGAUGAUGAAGAUUGUGAGAGUUAUUUGGAAAAGAAAUUGAAAAUACUUGUUAGAGGCGGGAUUCGAUUUGGAUCUGAUCCAAGGUACGCUAGACUUAGCAUGCUGGUUAGAGGUGACGACUUUGAUGAAUUCUUGAAGAGGCUAUCAAAUAUCAAAGAGAUAACGCAUUAAAUAUGCAGUUAGAUGGGUAGAUCUAGCAAGAGGUUUAUUUAAUUGAUGGAAUUAAUAUCUUUGUCUUAUUGUAGUUUCAUGAAUGUCAAGUAAUAGGUUUUAAUGGAGGGUUAUUUAAUUAGUAGGAAAUGUCAAGUAGGUUUCAGAAUAAAACCCACCCAUCUUUUGUUAGGUGUGGUCACUUGCUAACAUUGUUUAGUGAAGGUUUGCGUUGUUGCAAAGGGACUUUAUUUACAAUAACAAUAGAGUAUGUUUUUUCA